CUGAAGCUGCUAGGUGUUUUUUUGAUGAGAUAAUACAAGUUGAAGUCAAAACAAAAAAAGGCCCUGCAUUAUUUUCUAAAGAUGAGCAUUCACGUACACAAACAACUAUCCAAACAUUAUCUAAACAACCUUCCAUAUUUGUUAAAGAUACUGGUAUAGUAAUAGUGGGUAAUGCAUCAGAAUCUACUAUUAUAGGAAUAGGUCCUGUACCGGCAAUUAAAGAAGCAUUAAAAAGAGUCAAUCUUAAACUUUCAGAUAUUGGGCUAGUGGAAAUCAAUGAGGUCUUUGCUCCUCAAUAUUUAUCUGUAAAAAAGGAAUUGGGACUUGAUCGUAAUAUCACUAAUACUAAUGGUGACCUUUCAAAUUUGUUUACUUCUUAG